AAAAAAAUGGAUGGGAAAUAGAAACAGCGCGAAAUAUUAUGACGCCAAUGAAAUCCAGUGAACAGUUUACUUUCUCCUGAAAAGCUGCUUGAUUUCCAGCUAGGGUGCCUCUUUCCACACGUUCCAUUGUGCUGCAGUGAAGAUAUGGCUAAAGUGUUAUUCUAGUUCUACUACACGUUCAUUCUUGGAUGAGGAAACUUUAAGUGUGUUAUGAACCACAGCGAUUGUUCUUCAGUGACUUAGAAAUAUCAAUGAAAAGUAAAGGAAUGCGGUGAUGUAGUGAUGAGUGAAAAGGUUACCUCCACAAAAGGCCUUGUCUACACCCCGCUGGAAGAAUUAAGUGGAGGUUGUGCGGAAGUAAUGACAAUUUAACGUGGGAGUUACUCAGAGGAUUCUUGGCAGACCAUUUUGUCACCGAGUCCUGAACAGUGAGGUAUUCCGUCGUGUUUCCCCUCCGCUCUCAGUGGCCAAAGUCUGAAGAUGAAAAUAAAGUGGUCGUUCAUAUUGCAGUGAAGUUUCAGGUGUGAAGGGAUUCGUAACGCGGCAAGUUCUGUGCAAGUCGAAGAGAGCAAGGAGCAAAGGACUCACAGGAACAACUUUUUGACGCCGCAGGCCUUGAGGCAGCACAGCACUUGUUAGAGUGAGGCGCGUGCCACCAGCUGACGUGUGCCACGCUCCCUCGUAUCAACAGAGAUGGGCAGCGGCAAGUCCAAGAGCAGCAGGGGUAUGUGCAUUGAUGUUUUGGCCGGCGUGUCCCGAAAGCUCUAUCCGAUUCUCUGGAUAAAGAACUCCGGUGAGUGUGGAGGGCUUGCUGAACCUCGCCGUCACUUACUGCAUGUCCUCCCUCAUCUCUCCCCGGAUGCACCUAAAGCCCGAGGGAAGGUGAAGAAUAAAGAAGAGGCGAUUGAGUUGCUACGAAGAACUUCAUUUACGCACCUGCCCAAAGAAGGUAGAGAGGCAUUUUUCAGAUAUCUAUGUAAUGACAAGUAUCCAGAAGAUAAAGAUAUUUGUGAUAUAGAUCCCAAAGCAAAUGGAAUGGAUGAGUCUUCACAGAAGUAUCAGUUUUGGCUUCAGUGUGAACAAGUGGAACAUUUUUCAAAGUUCUUUCAGGUUUAUGUUAUGAGUGAAAAAAGAUUCCCAGAAGUGAAAAAAUGCUUUGAUGAGAGUGGAGAUGAGAAUCUCAAGAAUUUUUUGGAUGAAAAGAAGAAAAAUAUAGAUAACAUAAAGAGUUUUGCUACUCAUUUAAGAGAUAAGAUACAGCCUGAAUUAGAUGAAAUGUUCAAGGAGUUCAAAAAUUCUUUGCGUGAAGAAUUCGGGGAUUAAGUGUAGCUUUAAGCAGAGUCACAGUCUAACUUUUCCCAUGGUCACAUAUCUGCUUGUGCUAUGUUCAAUACAGUACUUAAGUUAUUACAAUGUAAAUUUCUGCUGAAUGGCCAUUUUAUUGUUUUAUAUUGAUGUAGGGAUUUUAUGUAAUGGUGGACAAAAUGGAAGAUAUUUUACAUGUAUGUGUUGUUGGAUGAUGUAAAAAAAAGAAAAAAAAUACACACACUUCCAGUAAGCAUAGACAUUUAUCUAUGCAGUGGAGGCAACUACUCCCUCUCCCUGCCACCCCCACCUGGGAUCACCCAUGCAUACCUAGAUGGCUUGGUGGAAGUUUGUGCUGUAUGUUGAUGACAGACCAGUUUGUUGCAGUAUUUGUAAGGUUUGCAGCUAAUAUUUUAUUUUUUAAUGUAAGUCAUAUCACCUGAAUGACAAUAUACUUCUAUCUAUCUAUAUACCAGGUUGGCAGUGUCACAUGGGUGGCCAGCUCACUCAUACACACAUUAUUCACCCUCCUAGCACUGUCAGAGUGUGAAUGAUACAUCUGUGAGUGUGUGGUGCUUUGUCUAAGCCAUCCCAUGUUGGAUUGCCAGCCUGGUGUAUAGACAGACAGAAGUUUAUCAUCCUUCAGACCAUACUAUAUAGUUCUGAAAAAGGGUAAAAUGUAAUACAGGGAGUCUUCAGUUUAUGAUGGCCUUGACUUUGGUGGUUACAAUGCUGGCAGUGCUUGUUUCUGUACAUUCCCAUUUGCUGUUUUUUUUUUUUUUUUUCUUAUUGAUUAUUUGAUUAUUUUUUUAUUUACUAUAUGUCCUGCAUGUGUUUUUUACAGAUACAAUAGUUAGGUUUUUAUGUCCUAGAUUAUGACUUUACAAUACUAUAACAUUAGCAUAGGUGAGUGACAUACUGUAGGUGCUUAGGCUGGUUCCAACCUGUGCUGAAAAUCAGCUUACAACAUGGCAUAGGAACAGAACUCCGUCGUAAUUCGAGGACCCCCUGUACUUGGAAGAGAUAGUGAGAAGAUACAUAGAAAGGAGACAUCAGCUUGGCAGUCUCCAUUUCCUGCUUGCUGGUACUGUGAAAGGAACAUUUACUGUAUCAUCCUUGGUAAGAAUGUGCACAUCCUGUGUAUGUACAGUUUAGGUGAAGGCAGACAACGUGACAUUUGCCUUAAUUUUCUGCUUCAUUAUGAGUAUUUACUUAAAGCCUGUGACCUAGGAAGGAUAAAACUGUGAAGCCUCCAAUGUCACUGUUAAGCCUGUGACCAUGUGUCUUCAUCUUUCAGUCUUAGCUAGGGAGAAUUUUGAAUAUUUCCAAGAAUACAUUCCACCUGUUCCACCUGUGCUUACUUGUCGAAAAGUAGUUCAAUACAAGUGAAUAUGCAAGCAUGAGUUAUAAGAGUAAUUAAUUUUAUGGUGAUUUCAUGAAAUCAUCAUCUGCCAAUCAGAAAAAUGAUAAUGUAAUGCAUUAUGAAGUCCUGUGUGGAAUGCUUAAAUAGCAAUCCAUAAUGAUGGAAUGGGAUCCUUGUUGCACAAUGGGUCCUUUGUUACAGCCAUUGUUUUUGUGUGACAGGAACCUUUGUGCUUUCUUUGUAGCUUGGUGUCAUUGACUGGCUGAGUAUAAUUUUAUUUUUUUUCUCUCUCAUUAUUUUCUGGACACAAGAUACAGUGAGAACCAUGUGUUUAUCCAGCACACUGACUUGUAGAGCAUAGCUCUACUUUUUAUUCUUAGACCUGUUCUCCCCUGAGGCUCAAAUGAUUCCCAACAGUGCCAGUUAUCAGAUACUGACAAGGACUGACAGUCACCUUGCUAUGUCUAACAGGUGUGUGUGUGUGUGUGUUCCUUUUCCAGAAUCCUUCAAGUCUUUACUCUUCCUGGAUCUAAAUGACAUCCUGGUUCAGGUAUUGCUAUUGCCCCAUAUUCACAUUUUUACUGAGUUGUUUGGCCAGUGUGAAUGAAGUUGGCUGCAGUGUGUUCUUCAAAACAAACAGGAGGGGAGUGAGCAUGAGAGAUUUUCAGGGAAAGUGAAUACAAGUCCCUCUUUUGGUAUAAAGAACAAAAAGCCUUGACAUUAUGUUUGUGUGGCCUUGUAUCUAUCACGGACUGUGCACUGGGUUGUAUCUGUUGAAUAGGCUUUGAACCAGGAGUGUAUGUUAUCUCAUGUGCUGUAAUGAUGCAGUCUAUGUAGAAGUAUAUUGUGGUUGACAGCAUGAAGGGGUUUGGGGUCUGCAUCUGUCAAAUAGGCUUUGAACCAGGAGUGUAUAUUACCUCAUGUGCUGUAAUGAUACAGUCUUUGUAGAAGUAUAUUGUGGUUGACAGCAUGAUGGGCUUUGGGGAAGUCAACAAAGAUUGGUAAUGCUGAUAAUUUGUCAUCAACAGAUUAUUAAAGGUGAGAGGAAAAUUGAUUUAGAGUAUGAUAGGUGUUGAAACCUUUUCUGAACCCAUACUGAGAUAUGAGUAAGAGAUAGGAAGAAAUUGGUUCUCAGAUAGAGUGGUAGAUGAGUGGAACGGACUCAGUAAUCGUGUUGUUAGUGGAGCUUCAAGUUUUAAGAGAAGAUUAGAUGAGUUUAUGGAUGGGGAUGAUAGGUGGAAAUAGGUAGGUAUAUUUCAUACAGGGACUGCCACGUGUAAGCCUGGUGGCUUCUUGCAGCUACCUUAUUUCUUAUGUUAUGUACAUAUGAUCUUCAUUGAAAAGUAUUUUUUAUCUGCUUACUAACCCUGCUAAGGAGAAGACAGAGAUGGAUCUGCCUCAUGUGCCUCUGCCUUAAUAGGAUUUUGUGCAUGAAGUUUUCAUAAAUAAGAUUGAUUAUUUUUAUUAUUAUUAUCAGUAAACUAGUUAUGAGGAUAAAAGUGUGAAUGAUAAGUGUGUGUGUGUGUGGUGCUUUGUGUGGGCCACCCCGUGUGAAAUUACUGGCCUGGUAUAUAGAUAGAUAGGAGAGCAUCUGUUUUAUUUUGUUAUGCAAACAGAUCUUGUUACCAGAGCCUCCUUUUGUGGCAGUCUGCUACUUAAAUUGAUGUCUUGUUACUUUUGUAUUUGCUUAAAUAUAGAUGGUUAUUAUAUAUUUCAGAAAGAUGUCAGACAUAGUUUGAUGGUUCAGUUCUGUUAUUUUUAUAUAGUGUUCAUAUUCUUUUAAGGUUUAAUGUUGAUCACAUGUGAAAUAAAUGCAUUUCCUCUUUACUCU